AUGUCUGCCUUGGAAGAAGAGAAGGGUGUUCACCUAGUCAACGAGUCCAUUGGUGACUCUUCAAGCCCCGACAUACCUGCUGUGAUACCCCAAGAUGAUGCGCAUGUCACGGUCAAAGUGUGGACGGUCGUGAUGAUUAUGAGCUGGGGUUAUGGCCUGUCCUUUAUCCCAGUUCCUUUCUUCGCUGCUGUCGGAGGCGAGGUUGCUGCCUCGAUGGGUAAAGCGGGCGACAGCGCUUGGUUUAUUCCUGCUUGGAUCAUCUCCAUCACUACGGCUUUUAUGAUCGCUGGAGCCAACACCGACAUGCUAGGCAGGCGAUGGUUCCUAAUCGUUGGGCAAGUCGUCUGCUUUGCUGGUCAUUUGGUGACUGGUCUUGCGAAGAGCAAUCCACAGAUCAUAGCUGGCAUGACCAUCGAAGGUUUUGGUGCCGCUCUCUGUCAAAUGGCAGCCUUCGCACUUCCAGAACUGCUUCCGAACAAGUGGAGGGCAAUUGGAGUCGUCAUGGCCGAUGCGGCUGUCUACUUGACCAUCACCAUCAUUCCGGUGACAGCUCGAUAUGGUUGGUUCGCAGGCGAUUGGCGAGCAAACUUCUACGCGGCUGCAGCCCUUCAAGCACUGUCUGCUGCCGGCCUCUUCUUCUUCUACUAUCCCCCGGCUCAUCCUCUGGGCAUCUCUUUCCGCACUGCUUUCCGACAGCUCGAUUAUCUCGGCAUGUUUCUCUUCGUGGCCGGAGCUGUACCAGUAAUGGUUGGCAUCGUCUAUACGGCCUCCAUUCCCGCUAGCGAUCCACGCGUUAUUGGCACACUCGUUGCCGGAUUUGUCAUGCUCGUUCUCUUUGCCCUCUGGGAAAGUUUUGGCAAUGCAAAGCACCCUCUCACUCCUCCUGCCAUCUUCAGGAAAGGCUACGGAAGAGACUUCACAGCGCCGUGCAUCGCUCUGGCCAUCAUCAACAUGUUCUACUACAGUUCGUCCAUCAUCUGGCCUACGAUGAUCAACGCAUUCUACACAGCCGGUGGUCUACCAUGGCAACGUGCAGCUGUCCUUUCACUUCCUCAGGGCCUAGCCAUCACAGGCGGUGCCAUGGGCCUGAGUUUCCUGGGACCCAAGAUCAAACGCUAUCAUUGGCAGCAAACUCUUUCCGUCACUGUUAUGGUGGUUUUUGGAUCGUUGCUGACUUUGGCAACCCCGAAAAAUCUUGGUCUGAUGUGCGCAUUUGUCGUUCUAUCAUUGUUCGGAUAUGGCUGGGCUAUCUACCUCUCUAUCGCCUUCACACAGCUCGGAGUUGACCAGGAAAAUCUCGGAAUCUCAGGUGGUCUCAGCGGCUGCGUGCGUUUUGCUGGUGGAACAGUUGCUCAGGCUGUAUACUUGACUGUUCUGCAAAACGACCUGGCCAAGAAGACACCUGCGUACGUGAUGGCUGCAGCUGAGGCAGCGGGUGUACCCGCAUCAAAGAUAGCAGAGUUGCUCAGUCUCCUCGCGACUCCCGUCAAUCUGGCAGAAGAGUUCGGGGCUGCUGUCGCCGGAGCCGUGGGAGUCGCACAACAGCAUGCAGUUGCGCAUGGCAUCAAGAUGGUGGCUUUUACCAGCUUGGGAUUUGGGUGCGUGGGCAUAAUUGCUUGCCUAUGCUGUAGGAACAUUGACGAUCGCAUGGACAAUACCAUUGAGGUCUUCCUCGAGAACGACGAGUUUGCGGACAGGAACAAGUUUCACUAG